AUGUCCGGGAAUCAGCAGCCAGUGUCGAAGGGCCUAACCCAUCAACGAAACCAUUUGCGCACCCCCGAUAAUGCCGCCGGACAUGGUCAGGUCGCGACAGACGAAUACGGCCAUCCUCUGGUCCAAAUCGACCCCAAGGCGGAGUCUCGACUGCGAAUGAAAAUAGACUUGUUCAUCGUUCCCACUGUGGCUCUCCUGUACCUAUUCUGCUUCAUCGACCGUGCCAAUAUCGGAAACGCCAAACUCGCGGGGUUCGAAGCUGAUCUCCAUCUAACCGGCAAUGACUUCAACAGCGUCCUCUCCAUAUUUUUUAUUCCCUACAUUCUUUUGGAAAUCCCUUGCACGGUCUGCUGCAAAUGGAUCGGUCCAGGCUGGUUCAUACCCUCCACCACGCUGGGAUUCGGGAUCUGCUCGCUCGGCACAGCCUUUGUGAGCACCAUCCACGGCGCCUCGGGCGUGCGAUUCCUCCUUGGCCUCUUCGAGGCAGGGAUGCUCCCGGGGAUUGCAUACUAUCUGUCACGAUGGUAUCGACGAAGCGAGCUCAUCUUCCGUCUCUCAUGCUACAUCGUUAUGACACCACUAGCCGGUGCAUUUGGGGGACUGCUCGCGUCUGCGAUCCUUAAACUGGACCAUUUCGGCAGUCUGCGUCACUGGCGUAUGAUCUUUGCCAUCGAAGGCAUAAUCACAAUCGGACUGGCCAUAGUCUCUUUCUUCACUCUCACCGAUCGCCCCGAGUCUGCCCGCUGGCUAACCGCGGAGGAAAAGGCCCUUGCCGUUGCGCGCGUAAAAUCCGAACGCGUGGCCACCACCGAGAUGCUUGAUCGUCUCGACACUACAAAAACACUACGCGGAAUCCUUAACCCAGCUACGCUUGGCACGGCGCUCAUGUUCUGUCUGAACCAAAUCACCGUGCAAGGUCUAGGGUUCUUCGCCCCCACGAUUGUUAAAAACAUCUAUCCAGAUUCCAGCGUCAUCUCGCAGCAACUGCACACAGUGCCGCCAUACGUGGUGGGUGCGCUCUUCACGCUCCUGUUCCCGUUCCUCUCGUGGAGACUCGAUCGUCGACUGGUAAUUGCAUUGGUGUGCGCUCCGCUGAUGAUGAUCGGGUAUAUUAUGUUUCUUGCGACGACGGACAAGAAGACGCAGUAUGGGGCUACAUUCUUAAUUGCCAGUGGAUCGUUCACGUUCGGGGCUCUCUGUAAUGCGAUUGCGUCGGCGAAUGUAGUCUCUGAUACGGCGAGGUCGUCCGCUAUCGGGACCACCGGGUUGAUUGGGAAUAUCGGUGGGUUAAUUUCGACGUGGUCGUAUUUGGCGACGGAUGCUCCGUUAUAUCAUAUCGGGAACGGGUUGAAUUUGGCAGCAGCAUCGGCGACAUUGCUUGUCGCUAUUGCACUGUUGAUAUAUAUGACUUGGGAUAAUCGACGAAGGCAGCAUCGUGACGUACGCAGUGAACUAGAGGGAUUGGGUCAGAAAGAGAUAGAAGAUUUGGAUUGGUGGCACCCGGCGUUUAGAUGGAGACCGUAG